GGCAAGUUUUGUCUUUACCUCACCUGCUCCCCGCUUGCUGUGUAUACUUUGCUUGUCUCUUGCCAGUCUUUCGUGUAUCUGCAUGCUCGUCGCUCGUUGAAAUUGAGAUUCUAUAUAAUUUCGAUUUUUCGUACGGUAAUUUGUGAAUAUAAACAAGCGCAAUCGAGAUAGUUUGUUUCAAUAAUUGUUUUACUAAUCACGAAGUUAUGCGUUUUAAAAAUCUAUUGCUACAACGUGGAUCCUAUGAAAGGGUGAUUUUCGUAGAAAGAUACGCUCCUGUAUCCACGUGAAAAGUAUACACGCGGGAUAGAAAUAUUAAGAGUUAGAUCGAGCAGUUCAACGUAGAUCGAGACACGAACUGCUCAUGUUUCGCGGAAGGGAGAUGUGGCGCUCUAUUCGCAGUAUUGAUGAAGAAGGAUAAACAAUUCGAAACACGAAUCUUGAGGCAUAUUUUCACAUGAGAUGGCAUGAUUCUAAUCACUUGAAAUCUGCGAUACUUACAAAAUGGCCAAGCAAAUAUCCUUUUAUUCUACUUUGACGUCAGAAGAAAAGAGUAGAAUGCAACCAUGUAUGAAAGCUAGGUGUGUCAUCAUGUCCAGUGAUUCACCUCCACCACUCCAGACUUCUGUACCUUUGGUAGAUUACGAUAUACCAGACGAAGCCUGUUCUGGUAAAAUCACACCAACCACACCUACUACUCCGGUGACGAAUAAAUUAUUGAAUACUGAUGCCGAGACGAUUGAGAAUGCAGUGCCUAUCACGCAAGCAGUGCUUCCGGUUCCCGAGCCACAACCGAAAAUUGAAAGAAAUGGAUUCGACUCGGAGACAACCAAGCCAAUCGCCCAAUCUGAAAAUGAUUCUUGCGUUGUAGAUUGUAUAUAUUUUACGCAGCAGUGCUGCGAGUGUGUAAUACUUUAACAGCCAGAAUUCUUCGCGUAUCGAAUAAUCAUUUAUAUUCGUUGCAUGCGUUUAGUAUAUGUGCGUGUGAAGAGAAUUUGAAUGAUACACAUUUCCAUUGAAUUAUAUGGGAUACAAAUUCAAAUGGAAUUUUAAUAAUCGAGUUUUAAUUUUUUAAGCGAAUAUUAAAUCUUCGUAUUUAAAAAAAAAUCUUAUUCUUAUCUCCGAUUUCUAUUUACUAA